AUAAAACGGUGGCUACAAAAUGAUAAGCUGCAUACAGUUGUUUUAUUGGAUGUCAAGUCUUUGUAGGAGAAGAAGAGACAGUGAUGAAGGAUUUACAUCAGUUGAUAGUAAACAAAUUCCGCCACCACAGCUUGUUGACUUCAAGGGCUCCUUUGAAGAAGGUAACAGUACUGGGAAUAUGUAUGCCUCGAGGUAUUCACUGGAACUACCUGAAGACAAUAACUUAACUGACGAAAUGGCUUCUGUAAUGCCUUUAGAGGAGUUGGAGCWCGAAGAAGGUGCUGGCGAUGAAGACGAGGGUGAAAUAAUCGAUUGGCAAUUACCGUUGUGUUUUAUGAAGAAGAGACACAAGGAAACGAUCACUGGAACGAAGCAUCUAGCACAAACAUGGCGAAUGAAGGAGCGAAUGAAGACUGUAAGUGUUGCUUUGGUGUUGUCUUUGAACGUUGGGGUUGACCCGCCUGAUGUGGUCAAAACAAACCCUUGUGCUCGUAUGGAGUGUUGGGUUGACUCGAAACAAUUGGCAAUAAACUACAGGAACAGUAUGAACGAUGGCAGCCAAGGGCAAGGUACAARCAAAGCUUAGAUCCAACAGUAGACGAUGUCAAGAAAUUAUGCUCUUCGCUGCGCCGAAAUGCUAAAGAAGAAAGAGUCUUGUUUCAUUACAAUGGCCAUGGUGURCCAAAGCCUACAAUUAAUGGAGAAAUUUGGGUUUUUAAUAAAUCUUAUACACAGUAUAUUCCGUUGUCAAUAUAUGACUUACAGACUUGGAUGGGUAGCCCAUCRAUAUUUGUCUAUGACUGCAACAAUGCUGGGCUUAUAUUGCAGUGUUUUAACAAGUUUUCUUCAACAAGAGCAGAUGAACAUGAGAGAUCUCUUGCUCAAGGAAACAAUAUACCAGUCCCUCAUUCUACUAAAAACUGUAUACAAUUAGCAGCUUGCAGUGCAAGUCAACUUUUGCCAAUGAAUCCUGAGCUACCUGCAGACUUAUUUACUGCUUGUUUGACAACACCUAUCAAGGUGGCCUUACAAUGGUUCUGUAGCCAGAGCUGUAGUAAAUUAGUUCCAGGCAUAACACUGGAACUUAUAGAAAAAAUACCAGGACGUCUCAAUGACAGACGGACACCAUUAGGUGAAUUAAAUUGGAUCUUUACUGCUGUUACAGAUACUAUAGCAUGGAAUAUGCUUCCAAGAGACUUAUUUCAUAGACUUUUUAGACAAGAUUUGCUUGUUGCAAGUUUGUUCAGAAACUUUUUGCUGGCAGAACGUGUGAUGAGGUCUUACAACUGUACRCCAGUCUCCAGUCCUAAGCUCCCUCCAACAUACAUGCAUCAUAUGUGGCAAGCCUGGGAUCUUGCUGUUGAUCUGUGUCUAUCACAACUACCAGAAGUCAUUGAAAAUCCUUCAAGCUUUACGCACAGUCAGUUCUUCUCCCAACAACUGUUAGCAUUUCAAGUAUGGCUUGCCAUGGGCUCAGAGCAUAGAGAUCCUCCAGAACAGCUACCAAUAGUUCUCCAGGUUCUUCUCAGCCAGGUCCAUAGACUGCGAGCUUUGGAUUUAUUGGGAAGAUUUUUAGAUUUAGGGCCAUGGGCUGUAAACUUAGCAUUAUCUGUUGGUAUAUUUCCUUAUGUUUUAAAGUUAUUACAAAGCUCAGCGAGGGAGCUGAGACCGCUGUUGGUUUUUAUUUGGGCAAAAAUAUUAGCUGUGGACAGUUCUUGUCAGGCUGAUCUGGUAAAGGACAGUGGACAUAAGUACUUUCUAUCUGUACUUGCAGAUCCAUACAUGCCAGCAGAGCAUAGAACUAUGGCAGCAUUUGUGCUGUCUUCAAUCAUCGAUGGCUUUCGAAGUGGUCAGGAGUCAUGCUUGCARGGMAACUUGAUUGCUAUUUGUCUAGAGCAGCUUACAGACCCUCAUCCUUUACUCAGGCAAUGGCUUGCUGUUUGCUUGGCUAAGAUAUGGCAGAAUUAUGAUGCUGCUCGAUGGUGUGGUGUCAGAGAUACUGCACCUGAGAAACUGUAUUGUUUGUUGUCUGAUCCUUUGCCUGAAGUGCGAGCCGCUGCUGUGUUUGCUUUGGGUACAUUCAUAGCUAACACUGGUGACAGGUCUGAUCAUGCUAACCAGAUUGACUUUGGGGUUGCCAUGACACUGACACAGCUUGCUCAAGAUGGGAGYCCACUGGUUAGAAAGGAGCUGGUUGUUGCAUUACAUGGCCUUGUCAUCCAAUAUGAAACCAACUUYGGUGUCAUUGCUUUGCAAUUCCUUGAAGAAGACAGACAGAAGGAGAAUGCUCCACCUGCAGCGGCGAUAACAUCCAGUGGUUGGAUAGUGGUAGGAAGUGGUAAUAGUCCUCAAACAAACCCUCAACUUCCCCAGGAAGUGUUACCAUCAACCAGUCCAUCAAAUCGUAAACUUUCAAGUGGAAUGAGAGCAAGCUUCUCAUCUUCUCAGCUUAGCACUUAUGCAGAAAGAGGGAGUACUAACCUUAGCAGUAGUGGCAGCAGCAGCAGCAGUAGCCAAGAAUUUGGUCCUGUCAAAGAUCUCCGAAGAACUCCAUCAACAUCUUCUUUGUCAUCAACAAUCCAAUCCAAUGUGUAUGCAAAUACUUGGAAGGCCUUGUUGAACCUUUCAGUAGAUCCUGAUAAUGGAGUCAGUGAACUUGCAAAGAAGAUCGUCAAUAGCGUGAUGCUCAAAGCAACCAUUAAUACUCGACCUCUGAGAGUUGUGCCAAGCGGGUCAGGAUCAACAUCAUCAUCGGCUCCAUCAUCACCAAACAGAUUCAAUAAUCCUUACAUGCGCCACCACUCAAUGGAUCAAGGGUCACCUCCUCCACAAUAUCGUAGCCAAAUGGGACAGCCAGUGGGACAGUCUAUGACCAAACCAGGAGACCAAUCCAGUGGACCAUCAAGAAAUAACCCAGCUGUGAAUCCAGCUCUUUAUCCUCAUUCUUAUCAAUUCCAUGUCAAGAGAAAGACAUUUGACAAAGGGCCUGAGGUCACUCCAUCUGAAGAAGAAGGAGAAUCAGAUGAUGAAGAUUCAUCGUCAACCAAACCAACUUUAGUCAAAACUGAAUUCCCUGAAUGGUGUGCAAGCUACUUUGCACUGUCUGUAAUGAAGCCCCCAGAAGAACACGACCCACAAAGCCAGCUUCAUCUAGARAGAGAAUGGAGGUUUGAAAGAAAUUCAAAAGUCAGACGAGAAGCAGCAAAGCAACAAGCAAGAGCAGCUUCUGGCAAAAUUGAUGACCARAUUUUUAUCAACAAGAACCAGCAUGCACCUGGAGURCUUCGUUUCCAUCCUUAUGAACCACACCUAGUUGUUGCUGACAGGGGUGGACURAGUGUAUGGAAUUGGGAACAAGGCGCUAGAUUAAACUACUUCACAAAUAAUAACCGAAAAGUAUCAAGAAUAACAAGCAUGGAAUUUUUAAAUGCACACGACCUUACGUUACUUUUAACUGGAACAGACGAUGGUUCUGUGAGACUUUAUAGAAAUUACAGUGGUGAGGAUGAUAAGAAAGUAGAAAUGGUCACAGCUUGGCAAGCCUUGUCUGGRAUGCUGCCUUCCACAAGAGGUAGUGGAUCAGGACUGGUUGUUAACUGGGAGCAGGAGACUGGUAUACUACUUGCAUCGGGUGAUGUCAGGUUUAUAAGAGUAUGGGACACACAGAGAGAGAUGAAAAUGCAGGACAUACCAACAGGAGCUGAUAGCUGUGUUACCAGUCUUGCAUGUGACUCUGUAGGAAGAUCUUUGUUGAUUGCUGGGUGUGGYGACGGUUCAGUUAGACUCUAUGAUAGAAGACUACCUCCUUCAGACAGUCGAGUGAUGGCUCUAAGAGAACACAGUGGAUGGGUCACUAGUGUAUUUUUACAAAAGGGYGGAGACGGCAAUAUUAUAAGCGGAAGUGUUGCUGGCGAUGUACGAUUCUGGGAUCCACGGUUCUCAGAAUCAGUAAAACACUUCGAAACGUUAGCGAACAUGACAGCAUUCGAAGUUCAUCACCAAGCUAAAGUAAUCGCAAGUGGCUCAGCCAAUCAGAUGAUAAGGGUGUAUGAUUUAGAUGGUAACUAUCGAAGUGUGAUUAGAUAUCAUGAUGGAUUUAUGGGACAACGAAUAGGACCAAUUACUUGUAUGGCGUUUCAUCCCCAUCGGGUCAAUCUCGCUGCUGGAAGCACUGACGCCUUYAUUUCCAUAUACUCGUCUGAAAAGAAAGUUCGAUAGGGAAACAAAACACRCAUUAUURUGUGUCAAAYUACCUCAAAUUCCAUCGCCGAGCUCGAGUAAGACCAAAAAGUAUUGCUAUAUACCUGGUACUAAAUAUACAGUUAGWCCCAUUAAGUUUGUGCAGUUGCUAAAACAUAAAARACAACAACAAAACAACAUCUAAUAGUAUCAUGUUUUUAGAUUUUUCACAARAUUGUUCACUUCCAAGUUGAAAAAAAUUCAUAAACAGUGAACUGUUGAAYUGACGGCAUUAAUCAUUUGCUAUUUUGCGUUUUGAKAUUCAACGGAAGGAAAUUCAAAAACGGUUUUACAAAUGAUUUUACCGCUGUCUUUACCGCAUGGGUCAAUCGUCAAACUUCAUUUUUUCAAUACCAUAUUAAAGUUAACAUCGUUUAGUGUGUGAUUAAGAAGAAAAUCCAACUAAAUUCCAACUUUG